UAGGUCAGAACUCAGAAAGAAAGAGAGAGGGAAGAAUGAGAGCGAGAGGAAAGUGGUGAGACGUGUAGAGGAGAGAGGUAUGCAGCGUUGUGUGAUUGGGACACUGGGGACUUCCAGAGGCAGCCGGCCACACACGCGUACAAACAAACACACACACACACACACACACACACACAGGUCAGCAGAGUGAUAGGCCAAACACAGAGGGAUAACCAGAGGUUUAUCAGGGGCUGGACUGCUGACAGCUGCAAAGCUUGGGAUUCCCGGUGCAAAGAUGACGGAGCGCUAUGACUGCCACUACUGUAAGGAAUCCCUGUUCGGGAAGAAAUACGUCCUGAGAGAGGAAAACCCAUACUGUGUCAAAUGCUACGAGAGCCUGUACUCAAACACCUGUGAGGACUGCAAGAAACCCAUCGGCUGCAACACCAGGGACCUGUCCUAUAAGGACCGCCACUGGCACGAGGAGUGUUUCCAGUGCUUCCAGUGUAAACGCUCUCUGGUGGACAAGCCCUUCUCCACCAAGGAUGACCAGCUGCUCUGCACUGAGUGCUACUCCAAUGAGUACUCCUCCAAGUGCCACGAGUGCAAGAAGACCAUCAUGCCUGGCUCCAGGAAGAUGGAGCAUAAGGGUAACAGCUGGCAUGAGACCUGCUUCACCUGCCAGCGUUGCCAGCAGCCCAUCGGCACCAAGAGCUUCAUCCCCAAGGAGAACCACAACUUCUGUGUGCCCUGCUACGAGAAACAGUUUGCCAUGCAGUGUGUGCACUGCAAGAAGCCCAUCAUUACUGGCGGGGUGACCUAUCGCGACCAGCCCUGGCAUAAGGACUGCUUCCUGUGCACCGGCUGCAAGCAGCAGCUGUCUGGCCAACGCUUCACCUCCCGUGACGACUUUGCCUACUGCCUCAACUGUUUCUGCAACCUGUAUGCCAAGAAGUGUGCUUCCUGCACCACCCCCAUCAGCGGUCUGGGUGGCAGUAAGUACAUCUCGUUUGAAGAGCGCCAGUGGCACAACGACUGCUUCAACUGUAAGAAGUGCUCCGUCUCCCUGGUGGGCCGGGGUUUCCUCACCGAGCGUGACGACAUCCUGUGCCCCGAGUGUGGCAAAGACAUCUGACAUCUGGCAGGCAGCGAGUGGCCGACACGUCUGAUUGGAAAUUAACGAAACAACCAGGAAGUAACAACGACCUAUCAGAGCACAACUGAGUAUCACUGUACUCAGUUGAAGUCGGAAGUUUACAUACAUCUUAGCCAAAUACAUUUAAACUCCGUUUUUUACAAUUCCUAGACAUUUAAAUCCUAGUAAAGAUUCCCUGUCUUAGGUCAGUUAGGUUCACCACUUUAUUUUAAGAAUGUGAAAUGUCAGACUAAUGGUAGAGAGAAUGAUUUAUUUCAGCUUUUAUUUCUUUCAUCACAUUCCCAGUGGUUCAGAAGUUUACAUACACUCAAUUAGUAUUUGGUAGCAUUGCCUUUAAAUUGUUUAACUUGGGUCAAACGUUUCGGGUAGCCUUCCACAAGCUUCCCACAGUAAGUUGGGUGAAUUUUGGCCCAUUCCUCCUGACAGAGCUGGUGUAACUGAGUCACGUUUGUAGGCCUCCUUGCUCUCACACGCUUUUUCAGUUCUGCCCACGAAUUCAGUUCUGCCACUCCAAUACCUUGACUUUGUUGUCCUUAAGCCAUUUUACCACAAUUUUGGAAGUAUUAUUGGGAACAUUUUACAUUUGGAAGACCCAUUUGCGACCAAGCCUUAACUUCUGAUGUCUGAUGUCUUGAGAUAUAUAUAUAUAUAUCCACAUAAUUUCCCUACCUCAUGAUGCCAUCUUUUUGGGAAGAACACCAGUCCCUCCCUCCUGCUGCAAAGCUGCUGCCACCCCCAUGCUUCACGGUUAGGAUGGUGUCCUUCGGUUUGCAAGCCUCCCCCUUUUCCUCGAAAACAUAACAAUGGUCAUUAUGGCCAAACAGUUCUAUUUUUGUUUCAUCAGACCAGAGGACAUUUCUCCAAAAAGUACGAUCUUUGUCCCCAUGUGCAGUUGCAAACCGUAGUCUGGCAUUUUUAAUGGCAGUUUUGGAGCAGUGGCUUCUUCCUUGCUGAGCAGCCUUUCAGGUUAUGUCGAUAUGGACUCGUUUUAAUGUGGAUAUAGAUAAUUUUGUACCUGUUUCCUCCAGCAUCUUCACAAUUCAUUUGCUGUUGUUCUUGGAUUGAUUUGCACUUUUCACACCAAAGUAUGUUCAUCUCUAGGAGAAAGAACGCGUCUCCUUCCUGAGCGGUAUGACGACUGCGUGGUCCCAUGGUGUUUAUACUUGCGUACUAUUGUUUGUACAGAUGAACGUGGUACCUUCAGGCGUUUGGAAAUGUCUCCCAAGGAUGAACCAGACUUGUGGAGGUCUACAAAGAUUCUGAGGUGUUGGCUGAUUUCUUUUGUUUUUCCAAUGAUGUCAAGCAAAGAGGCACUGAGUUUAAAGGUAGGCCUUGAAAUACAUCCACAGGUACACCGCCAAUUGACUCAAAUGAUGUAAAUUAGCCUAUCAGAAGCUUCUAAAGCCAUGACAUCAUUUUCUGGAAUUUUCCAAGCUGUUUAAGGCACAGUCAACUUCGUGUAUAAAAACUUCUGACCCACUGGAAUUGUAAUACAGUGAAUUGUAAGUGAAAUAAUCUGUCAACAACUGUUGGAAAAAUGUAUUGUGUCAUGCACAAAGUAGAUGUCAUGCACAAAGUAGAUGUCCUAACAGACUUGCCAAAACUAUAGUUUGUCAAGAAAUUUGUUGUUGAAAAAUGAGUUUUAAUGACUCCAACCUAAGUGUAUGUUAACUUCCGAAUUCAACUGUGUGUAUAUAUAUAUAUGACAUAUGAACACAAGAUACUGGUCGCGUUCCCCUUCUCAGACGUCGCAUGCAUCAACCAAUGAUUGGGUGCCACGUCAUCGACUGGGCAGUCCGGCAUCAGAUUGCCUUAACAUCAUGUGGUUUGCUAAUACGUAAAAUACCUAUCCGGGCGUUGCAAGAUCUUGCAUGCAUCAGCAACACACUCAUUAUUAGGCUACUAACCCCAUAUACACUAUAUGAAUUCAAAAAUAUAAAUUAAUGUUUUUUGGAGUGCAACAGCAAAUGUUGCUUUCUGCAUGCCCUGGCUUGAUACAUCACAUAGUUUGAGGUUUUACACAUGAAUGUCUGUCAUAAUUAUAAAGAGUCAUAUAUUCAGAGUUUAUGUAUUGAAAGGAAUAUUUCCCCUGAACUACACAAUUAUUGCAGUCAUUGUGUAAUUUGGGUGCCAAAUACCUUUAAGAUUGUAAAGGCUAUCUACAGGUGUGUAUGAGGGAGCAUAAGUCCCAAAGUUACGAAAAUGUGAACGAACUCAGAUUUACCGGGCAUUUACACUGGUGCAAAGUUUGUAAUGUUAUUCAGAUGGGAAUAAAACAAAAGCUACAACCAAAAGAAGAAAAAAACAUUAACCAAAAUGUAAAUAAUGACAGUUUGGUUUUUAAGCUCUGUUUAUUUAUCACCCCCAACACGUAUACAUUUGACUGACACUGGUGCAAAUGCUUGGUAACGAUGAGCCAUGCCUAUUAAGGUGAGAGCCAACAGACAUGUCUCUUAUCAGUCACAAGGGCUCGGACAGGAAAUCUGUGUCUGAAGUCCAAAUAAAGACCUAUAAAAAUGCA